AUGGGAUCCUCGACUGAGCGCACGUACCGGGCCCUCUCUGACCCCUUGGUUCCCUCGCCCAGGCAGUUCAAGAAGCACAAGACCUUACCUCGACCGCCAAAUGACAUUGAUCUGGCCCCGGAUGCAGCUUCCUCUCGCGGCACGGCAGACACCUAUCGCCUAGUCCUCGAUGCCUCUUACGCCCUGGCCUCCUCCGCCAACCAAUCUUCCCCUUCCACUGUCGCCGGCCACACUCUCAAGCCGACGUCUCGACGUCUCGCCUCGUCUUCCUCUGCUGCUGGUCCUGACCCUCCGCCAACACCUCCAGCGCAUUCUCGCGCCUCGUCCAGCGGCCACCCCACGCUAGAGCCGUGCCCGACCACUGCGGAACCUGCCAGACUACAUGCUCCUCCGCCCCUUUCCCUGCGGAAACCUCCCGUCACGCCACCCGAUCAAAGAAGCCCACCGACUCCUGACGUAACACCUCCCCAGCCUCAAAAUGCAUUGAAAUCUGUCCGCCAAACCAACUGGGAUCAAUCUUCUGCUGCCGUUACCCCGACCGACUCGCGCAACGACUCCUUCACGACGGCUCGGGAAGAACAAUUCUCCUCCGAGGAUGACCAUGCGCGCACCGCGUUGAGAUCGCGAACCACCUCGGCGCAAACCUCGCGCACCACCAUCUUGCGCCUUCCAGACCUCCCUGCACCCGCCCCCGUGCAAGCGCGUCCCCUAGUUUCCGCCCCAGAGAGCCUCCCCGUUGGCGCGCAACAGCUCACACCACGUACAAUGAAUGAAUUUGGCAAAUUCGACGGCGAAUGGGAGUCUGCGCAACAGUUGGCAAACGAUCGCCGCCACGAGCAUAAGCAGGAUGCCAGUCGCCUGCAUGUUGUUGUUAACAAGCGGAAGCGCUCGAAUCCCAAGACGCCCAUUGAUACCUCGUCGCCUGGUGCCAAGCGCGAGGUGGUUGAGGAUCAUGUCGUCACCCCCACCGCUGCCACUCGUGCCGCACGACAUGUCCACGUCCGCGACGGUGCAGUAGAGGCGUCUCCCGUUAGCUCCUCUGUGCGCUCUAUUUCGGAAACCUCUGCCAGUGUUGAUGCUCGGAGAUCCUCCGCCACGUCUGCUCGAUCCAGCUCAUCCGCCGUUGUUGAAGUCCUCGUCAUGAAUGGUCCCGUUCAAACACCUCAACGAAGACCCACGCUCCGACACGUCAAGAAACAGCCUCUUUUGCGACAGCCUCUGCAUGUUACCGAUAGACUAUCAGGCGGAAUCUCCGAUGGUCACAGGCGACUUCCUCAGCCACCACGCAAUCCCCACGAACGAGCAGGAUCCCGCGACCGCAGUCGACCCCCAAGCACGCAGGUUACAUCGAAUCACGCCAUUGGCGAUCACAGGGCACGUCGUGAGAUUUUGAGCAGCGGGAGUAUUCCGGUCGUUGUUGUGCCCGAUAGGCGCUCCUCCAAUCGCAGCAAAUCCCGCGAGCCCUCACUGCGUUCUACUUCUAGUAGACGCUCCAAGAGAUCUGCCAGUGUGGGCUCGCCCCAGCGAGCCAGAGGCUCCCUAGAUACCCCACGAUCAGAGUCUCUGUGCCGCGGUCGGAACUCCGGUAGAGGCCUUGGCGAUGAACGAACCAUUGAUUUUCCUCCAGUAGUCCCACCUCGCUCGUCGUCGCUUUCUGCCCCGACCAGCCGAAACGUCUCUCGUGCCAAUUCUCUCACAGCGGAGAGCAUCCGAGCGCACAAUGCCUUGCAACGAAAGGAGGACGAAGCCAAGUCUGCCGAGUCAACCAAUGCACUGCAGCCACAGCGCCAGAUGGGCGAAGCAUUCCCAGUCCUUAGCCCAGCUCUGACGCCCACCUCCCGCAGAAAGCUCUCCGACGCUCAGCUCGGCCGUGAGAUCCCUCUCAGCCCGCUGCUUGACCCUAUCGAGGAUGGGAUGAGUGCCAAGAAAUAUUCAUCGCGGAAUACCCCCUUCUCCGUCACGUCCGUUGCCACCACUGGAACUGCGCCCGAAGUCGCGGAGGCCCUUGCAGUUCACAUGUACCAGCACCAGAACUCCUCUGUUCUUAUGGUGAACCAUUUCGCCCGGCCAUCAGACUCAGUCGGUACAGCACGCACUGAGGCGUUGCCUCAGCUGGUCCCAACUAUUACUACCACUGAUACCCAGGGUGAUCCGCCUGUGACACCCCCUGAACAGUCGAACAAUACGGAAGAUGUCGAUUCUCCGCUGCGCAACCCCCGCGCACCGCCGCAGCCGCCCACGCAUCCUCCAAUGCUCAACUUGAUUCCCGCUACGCCAUCUGGAGCUACGCCAGCCGAUGAGAGUGCCAAGAGAUUGGGAAAUAUCUUUGAAGCGACUCCACCAAGACGCGAAUCUCUCUUAAAGCGGGCUUUCAGUCGUCGUCGCCGUAAUUCUCUCGACUACCCACCAAGCUCAGCCAAGCUUCCUGGAAAAUUGAUGCGGACAUUCUCGCUGUCGCGCUCAAUAGGACUGGACCCGUCUCGUCCGGACUUUGGAGUAGAUCUUGAUGGUGAGGUAGCGCCUAGGAAGGCGAGCAGAGAGCCUAUAGAGCGAGAGAAGCUUCAUCCUCUAUGGCGACCGCAAUACGACGAAGAGUGUGAGUUCGGCGAGAGCUGCCCUCAUCACAGCAAGCGCGACACAGUCUAUCGCUAUCCCCUCGUGGAUAACCGGCCCCGUCCGCCAAAGAGAAGCCUAAGCGCCCGCAUGAAGAACACGUUUGCGAUUUUGCCGGUCCGAGACGAGUUGCAGUACUCGGCUGAGGAGAGUACAAGCUGGCCAGAACGUCGAAUCAUUCGUCGGACCCCCAGCGGUAAUCUGCGAGUGAUGCAACGACGCGCCAGUCUCGACUCUCUGCCCAUGUCUCCUCGUCUCAGUGGGCAGCCGAGGCUGCCGCAUCCAUCUGCCGGCACAGAAACCCGAUCAUCGUGGCGCCUCAGUGCCCUCGGCCGUGUAGAGACAACACCUGCCGGAACCAGCGGUCGACGUGGUCGACGCUUCUCUUUGAGUGAUGGGCUGGAAGGCAUCCCCAACAUUCCACGGAUCCUGAAUGAAAAGCGACGCGAAAAACGAACACAAGAGCUACGUCAGAUGAUCAGCGGGCCCACGAACGUUCGCGAUGGCGUUGGUGAGGUGAUUAGACGCGGCAACAACUGGGGCAAUCGGGAGGCAUUCAAGGCGAACCCUUCGGACUUUUGA